GUCACGAUAAUUUUCAAAUCCCAUAAGGCCAGUUCAGUCACAUAUAAGUAUACUCUAUAUGCCCAUAUGAAAUCGUAGACACGAGAGCAACUAUUAUCACGUGGUGAACUCCCGGAAAUGACCCUCUUUAUGCGUGGCGAUUCCCAGCGGCCUAACCAAGCCUCGUGACGACCGAGACCUCCCCAGGCCCCGAUCCGUGCACCGAGCUUGUGACUUGAUCCUUGACCUUGACCCCAUUCUCAGUCCAUCAUCAUCCCAGGCCUUAACGCCAUUGGAACAUCACCACCUAAUCAUCACCAUUCGUCUUACUCUUCCUUGUCUUUCCAUCAAAUCUUUUAGACUUUGUAAUAAUUCCCGUUUCCCGCAUCCUUCGUAUUCCAUUCCGAACGGCAUCCGGCUCGCUCUCCCCAGCCAGUGCCUAGCCUUGCCUUGCCUUGCCACAUAGACGCAUACCGUGUGCAUCAACAAUUGGCCACAACAACGCAAGGGAAGAUACCCAGACGAUGGCGCCCGCAUCGCAAUCGGCAGUCGUUCCCCUCGUUCCGCUAGCUAAGGCCACGGUUCUGUUCCCCGGCUCUGUCUUGCGUAUACCCGUCCCUCCAAGUCGCUCCGAUAUACCGGCCCUUAUCUCGAACGUCUAUACCACCGCCUCGAAAGGCUCGAGACGCGUUGACCAGGUUCCUAUCGCUUGCGUGCCCCUCAACAGUCCAUUGCUGAACCGACGAGGCCAAAAACUGCUACUGGAAAAAGACGAGGAGAAAUACAUUGACUUGCUAGAGGCAGACAGUAGGAAUUUGAGAAAGGACCGGCUGUAUGACUACGGUGUCACGGCUAAAAUAACUGGAAUCCAGGGCCAGAAUGGCGCCGAAUUCAUCCUUCUGGUUCAUGGCAUUUCGCGCGUCUCCGUCGAAAAGGUCACCCAAGACCAGCCCUUCUUCGAGGCCAAGGUCAAGACCCAUGGUGACGCCGUCGGCCCUGAACUUAAUAGUGAUGAAUACCAAGAGCUUUUCGAAACCCUAAAGCGCCUUUCGCGGGAGCUUGUUUCUUACCUGCGAGUAUCAGCAUUCCUCCUAUCGAGCCAUUCUGCGGGCCUGAACCCGCUCCUUUCGCGAAGGCUAGAGCAAUUCAUAAUGCGAAAACAACCGGCAGAGGGUGGCGCCCUUGCCGAUUUUAUGAUGAAUGUAGUUCAAGCUUCAUACGAGGAUAAGCUUCAAGUUUUAGCUGCUGUCGAUGUUCGUAAGCGAAUGGAGAAGGUAAUUGAACUGAUGGAGCGACAAGUGGGCGAUAUUAAGGGCAAUAUCAACGUCACCACGGUAACAAGCACCGCUAUACCAAUCCGUAUUGACCAGGAAGAUAUGGACAAGAUGAAUAAGCGAAAUAUCAAGAAGAUUCAAAUCCCUGGACUUGGUGGCCCACCAGCAGGCUUCAACUUCAACGGCAUGCCUGGAGGUGGACAAGCCGAACAGCAAGACCCAGAUGAGUUACAGGAACUCGAGAAGAAGAUUGAAGAAGCCAAGCUACCCGCUGAGGCGGCCAAGGUUGCCGAACGAGAGCUCAAACGACUCAAGCAAAUGAUGCCUGCUCAGGCCGAGUACCAAGUGGUCAGGACAUAUCUCGAGACCUUGUCGGAGAUACCCUGGUCUAUCGUCACUGACGACCCGAUUGGUACCGGUACUCUUGAAGCCGCGCGAAGGCAAUUAGAUAAUGAUCAUUACGGAAUAGAGAAAGUAAAGAAACGCUUAUUGUCGUACCUUACCAUCGUAAGGUUGAUGCAGUCCGCCAAUGAGGCUGUUGAUCGACAAGUCAAGGAAGCUGAGCAAGAAACGGCCGAUUUGGAAUCGGCCGCAAAGGAUAACGCCGCUCUUGAGUCAGAGUUGGAGGAGAAGAUUAAGGCGAGCGGUCUCAAGGUCCAGAUGCUCCAAAGCAAACGGCGAACCGAGAGGGCACCAAUCUUACUACUAGUUGGCCCUCCGGGUGUGGGCAAGACGAGCAUAGCCCGAUCAAUCGCCACAGCUCUUGGGCGAAAGUUCCACCGCAUCUCACUUGGCGGUGUCAGGGAUGAGGCAGAGAUCAGGGGGCAUCGUAGGACAUACGUAGCUGCAAUGCCCGGUUUGAUCGUGCAAGGUCUCAGGAAAGUUGGGGUUGGCAACCCUGUCUUCUUGUUGGACGAAAUCGACAAGCUGGGUAUGGCGAACCAUAACGGUGACCCGUCAGCUGCUAUGUUGGAAGUCCUUGACCCUGAGCAGAAUAACACAUUCACCGAUCACUACGUGAACAUCCCUAUCGAUCUUAGCAAAGUUUUGUUCAUUGCCACAGCAAAUAGUCUAGAUACAAUUCCUGGUCCGUUACUGGACCGCAUGGAAACCCUGGAAUUCUCUGGCUACACGACUCUUGAGAAGCGCCACAUCGCACUGCGCCACCUCGUUCCCAAGCAAAUCCGCGUUAAUGGACUUCAAGAAGAUCAGGUCAAGUUUAGCGAUGGGGUGGUAUCUAAGAUCAUCGAGUCGUACACGCGCGAAUCAGGGGUUCGGAAUCUAGAGCGGGAAAUUGGCUCUGUUUGUCGUGCCAAGGCUGUUGAAUACGUUGAAGCGAACGAUCAAGGUCAGCCUGAGACAUACCGAGCAGAUCUGACGAUUGAAGACCUUGAAGCUAUUCUAGGGAUAGAAAGGUUUGAGGAUGAAAUCGCGGAGAAAGCCAGUCAGCCAGGCAUUGUCACAGGUCUUGUGGCCUAUAGCUCCGGUGGUAACGGGGGUAUCCUGUUCAUAGAGGUCCUUGAUAUGCCAGGUGAUGGCAGUGUGGAACUCACGGGCAAUUUGGGCAAAGUUCUCAUGGAAAGUGUCAAGGUUGCUAGGAGCUGGGUGCGGAAUCACGCCUAUGAGUUGGGGCUCACGCGCGAGCCCACGGAGAACAUCAUGAAGAAUCGUAGCCUACACGUCCAUUGCCCUUCUGGGGCAGUUCCCAAGGACGGACCUUCAAGUGGCAUGGCCCAAGCUAUUGCACUCAUCUCACUCUUUUCGGGGCGACCUGUUCCGCCGACCAUGGCAAUGACGGGCGAGUUUCAACUCUCUGGCCAUGUCAAGAGGGUCGGAGGAAUUAAGGAGAAGCUUAUUGGAGCCUAUCGAGCCGGUGUCAAGACAGUGCUCCUCCCAGCUCAGAAUGAAAAGGACGCCCGAGAAGUACCCGCCGAAGUAAGGGAUGGUCUCACGAUCCACUACGUCAGCCAUAUCUGGGAGGCCAUUCGUCACGUGUGGCCCGAAGCGCAGUGGCCUAAUGAGGCCAAUUUGCCUUCAGUCCGAGCACGCUUGUAAUGCGCAGAAACCAGC